GGGAGAUAAUCAAAGGUUGUCUGCUAUCUUUCAGCCAGGACAAACAGGAUGAUAUAAAUUGGAUUUUGUAGAUUUUUUUUUAAUUUAAGGGUGACAGUGGCUGUGUAUCUAUCUGAUUACCUUUAUUUACUUAAAAAUUACAAUGCAUGAUUUUUAAUAAAGUCAGAUAUCAUAGAAAAUUAGUAAGCAAAUUGAGGGUCACAGAAAAUAAUUUAAUUGCUGAGAAACGUGACCAUUCAACAGGCAUUUUUAUAAAAUUUAAUUCCAAACAUGUCCCAGGUUGACAAGACAAAACGAGUUGGAAGAUGGUAUUUUGGAGGAGUUGCAAGUGCCAUGGCAGCUUGUUGUACACACCCCCUUGAUUUGAUGAAGGUGCAUCUACAGACCCAGCAGACUAAAGUCAAAGUCACCACAUUAAUAGGAAGACUGUAUAAAAGUGAUGGUGUUUUAGGAUUUUACAAUGGAUUGUCAGCAUCUGUCACAAGACAGCUUACAUAUUCAAUGACCAGAUUUGCUAUAUAUGAAACUGUGAAGAAAAAUUUAACCAGUGAUGGGAGUGUGAUGCCACUGUAUCAGAAAGUAGGUGUGGCUGGUUUUGCAGGGGCCACUGGAGGAUUUAUAGGGACACCACCAGAUCUAGUCAAUGUAAGAAUGCAGAAUGAUGUGAAACUGCCAAAGGAGCAAAGAAGAAACUACAAACAUGCAAUUGAUGGUCUGAUCAAGGUGUACCAGGAGGGAGGUUUGGCAAGGAUGUUUAAUGGAGCUUCUAUGGCCAGUUCAAGAGCUGUCCUGGUGACAGUGGGUCAGCUUGCAGGUUAUGACCAGAUAAAACAGCUGUUAAUAAAGAGUGGAUACUUCAAGGAUAACACAGUUACACAUCUUACUUGUAGUACUAUGGCUGGAUGUUUGGCCACCAUGCUGACAAUGCCAUUAGAUGUCAUGAAGACCAGAAUGAUGAACAAUCCAUAUCCUAGUAUCUUAGCAUGUGCAGUUGAUAUAGCAAAGCAAGGUCCUAUAGGAUUCUUCAAGGGCUUCUUUCCAGCAUUUGUGAGAUUAGGACCACACACAGUGUUCACAUUCAUCUUCUUUGAACAAAUUCGACAGAACUUUGGAGAUGACCCCAAGUAAACUCCUAGUCAACUGAAGAAACAGGAUUUAGAAAUCACAGUAUUACCUCCGGUUUUAAAAUAAGCUUGCUUUAAUAAGUUGAUUGUAUAAUGUUUGUCAAAUUUUAUGUAAAACGGAUAUGAGGUGUGAUUUGGUCAAAGUAUGCAUUCCUAAUUGCGGUUCUGUAAGUUCUGUAAGAUAUGUUUUUAUUUCUAUGGGUAAAAAUUAUUCCAGUAAUUGUGCCAUAUAUACAGCAGCAUUCUAACAGAAAAAGCAUUUCAAAAUCUUUCAUCUAAUUUAUUAUGUAAUUGUCAGUAUGAUUGAUAAUGCUAUUUGAAUUUUGGUUUCAUCAGUAAACAUAUUAAUGUUACAUUGAAUUGUCACCAGGUUUUAUGUAAACUUUUUAAUUUUCUCUAUACAAAUCAUAUACAGAUUUUGAUUUUAAGCAAUUAGGGAAAGCAACGUUUAAAAUGGAAAACUUUUAAUGUUUUUUUUUCAGAAUUAUUUUAACUAACUGUCAGGUAUAUUUGUUUGUUUAUUCAUUGUAAGGUCUAUGUGCAAUCUGUCAUCUCAUAUUUAUCCCAUUUUUUAGCAAUCCAGUGAUAUACUGUAAAUUCAGAAAUUAUUGCAUGCAUUUAUUAUUGGAAUUUUUGAAGAAUGGACAUAAAAGUGAGAUUGAUUAUUGUGAUUUCAGGCAAAUAGGCAUACAGAUAUAUGUAUCAAAUUCAGAAUGUGAGUUCUUCUUAUUGCGAUACUCACAUAGUGCCAUUAUUCUCAUUAAUAAAAACCUUGCAAUAAUUUCUGAAUUUACAGUUACACUUUUUUCAAGAUAGGUCAAUAUUUUUGAUAUUAUCUAUGGGCAGUAUACAUGUAUUUGUCUUAGUAUUCAUUUUUAUUUGUAUAUGCCAAUCUGAUGUUUUUCCUUACCUUCUGUUUAUACACCAAUAAUUCAUGUAAGAUUUAUACAAUUUACAUAGUGGGGAAUUUAUAAACACAAAAUUUGGUGAGAUUAUCAAACAAGCAAAUCUCCACCAUGGACCAAAUAAGAAAUUGAUUAACCUUCAACAAUGGAAAAAAAAAAUUUUGGGGGUAAUUAUAAAAUAUUUCAGUAGAUAAAAUAUAAAAAAAUUAAAAAUAACUUACUGCUUAAUUAGUUGCAUGUAGUAAUUUAGUCAUAUAUCAUUCAUUUCAAAAGUUGAUUGCAGAUUUUGAAACACUGGAAUGUUUCUCUGAAUAUUUGUAAGAAUGUGCUUUAUGGCAAUCAGUUUUAUAAGUAUGGAAACUGGAUUGUCCAGUCUAAACAAAAAUUUGGCAAGGAACUGCAUAGAAAUGUUUUGCUUAUUGAUGCUUUAAGUUUGGUGUACAUGUUAAUGGUGUAUAACAUUUGACCUGUUGCAAAUUGAUGCUUUAAGUUUGGUGUACAUGUUAAUGGUGUAUAACAUUUGACCUGUUGCCAAUUGAUGCAAUUCAAAUUGACAGUCAUGGAUACAGUUAAAUUUGUUGUGACAUUUUACACAGCGGUAGACUGGUAAAUAUCAAAAUAAUGUCAUCUUGACAUUAAAAUAAUGCUGAUAUUGUAAUAUGUCCACUCAUGUAAAAAUGCAAGAAAAAAAAAGAAAACCAUUGGUGUUAAUCUUGAGGCAACCUCUCCUCUGCCAUGAACCGUCUUUUGCAAGAAAUCACAGAUGAUAACUGAUAGUCUCUUAAUUUUGUAUUUUUAAGUGGAAUGAUAAUUUAGAAUAAGAUGUUUAAACAAAGUAUGAUAUGCUGUUAAUGUAAGUGUGAAGAAAGAUAGUUUUAUUGGACUUUAUGUUUAAUAUAUUUAUAUGUCCCUUUUAAUUGGUAUGCUAGUCAUUGUUGAUUACAAUUGUUAAUUAUUGCUACAGUAAAAAUGUCUGUUUUUACUCUUUUAAAAGUCGUUAUAGGCAUAUUUUGUAUGUUGGUGAUUAAAAUAUUUAAUGUGUGAUAUGAUAAGAAUGUUUUAUAUUUUGAUUUAAAAAAAAAAGACUUGAAAUAAAACUUGACUAGAACAUAGGAUUUUUUUCUCUUGACAAUCUGUUAUUUUUACAUCCAUGUCUGAAUUUGUCUAACCCGAAUAAUUUAGUCCCUCCCAGUGAUCGACUCUCCCACUUGCGAGGGCCUGAACUCUUUAUACGAUAAAAAUGCGUCACGAAUCCAGGAUUUUGAUUGGUGCUUUCUGUGAGAGAGAGCCAAUCAGCUAAUAUCUUAAUGUUAUCGAGAUAGAUAAAUCCAGAGCUAAUUCCGAAUGAUUAUUUGACGAUUUUUUAUUGACUAGGCAUUCAGGUGUUAAUGUAGCCAUCAUAGAGCAGUGGAAUAUAACGACUGAAUUAUUCGGGUUAGAAUUUGUCUUGAAAUGGUGUUCUUGUCUUAAUUUAAGAUGCAUGAUGUAAUAUUCUUUUCACAUUCAAAUUUCCCUAGUAAUUGGAUUGAAUCACACAGAUAUCAUAUAUGACUGAAUUCUUAAGUUUUAUUUUAAAUGUUACCUACCUAUGGCAUUGCAAGUUUAAGAAUCUUCAAAUUUUAAUGUCAAUGUGCCAAUGUGAUAAUUUUAGCAAGCUUUAAGCAAGUCACAGUGACUGCGACCUUGAUAUGCCUUUUAAGACUUUUUGUUGGCUUAUUUUAAUAGCUGUUUCUGUAUUACAAAAAUGUCCUUAACUUGAAGGUCAUGUCGUGCCUAAUAUUUUUUCAUUAGUCAAAAUAGAAAGGUGGAUUGUGUAAGUGAUGACAUCAUUUAAUUUUUAUAAGUAAUCCUGUAAGGUUAGAUUUAAAAACCAUUUGCAAUUGAUGUAUUGUUAUGCAAUAUCGUUUGUUACCUAGAUAUUUUCAAACCAAACCCAAUGCUAAUUUUGUGUCAACUUUUUUUAUUAGUCUAUUUACUGACUGUGCAAGGGAUUUAUAGCUAGUCAAGAUUGUCAAACACUCCCGUAGUAGUAGUCUAUUUAGUUUAUUGACUGCAUGUUAAUGCUGAUAUCCAUAUCCAUAGCAAUUGUUAAUAGCAUGUAGGGGACAUUAAGUUUGUCAGAUUUAUAGAUAAAAUAAUCUUUAAAGAUUACAUUUGUUUAUUGAGUUAUAUAGCAAAAAACUAAGCUUAAAUUUAUAGAUUCAACAGGUUGAUCCUGAUAGAAUACUUUUAGUUUGUUUUAUAAAUUUUAGUAAACAUCUAUUGUGGAGAAGGAAUUACAAGGGUGUGCCAUCUUCUUUAGAUUCCUUAUUUUAUAGUCAUUUAUCUUUUAUCACACAUAUAUAUUUAUAGUUCACUUUAUUCAGAAUUUUUUAGAUGUCAAAAGCAUUUUUUGCAUUUAUAAUGUCAGAUUUAUCAAUAAGAAUUGGUUUUAUUGGAAUUUUGCUAAUUACUUUUGGUAAUUCUGUACUGGAAAAACAAGUUUAAAUUCUUUUUAUGGAGUAUAUUUUUCAAUUUUUUUUAUUUACAUUGUAUUAGAAAUUUCUGAAAAUAUGUAAAAAUUGUGCAAAAUUACAGCAAGAACAGAAAAUGGAAAAUAAACUUGAGGAAGUAUUUUCUGUAAGAUUGUGAACAUUUUCACAAUGGGAAGUAACUCUAUAUUCCUGAGAAAUUUACUGUUAUAAUCAAGUUUUAUUUUAAUUUUGUAAAUUUUGUAUACAGAUAAUAUUGCUUACAGGUAAUUGGUUUUUUAUCCAUGUUCAGAAAUGAUAAGAUUAAACUUGCUAACAUUUUUUCCUAUAGCUCUCCUGUCUAGCAUAAAGAAAUCUGUUUGUAUAAAAGAUUUGCAUAGAAUAAGUAUUUGAUAGAAAGUUAAUAUACUGUACUAUUUUGUAUUCAAGUGAUGAAGUUUACCUUUAUUUGUUUAAUGUUAUGCAGCCAAGCUGUAUAUAUCCAUGCUGAACUUAUAUUUUUAUCUUAUAAAAAGUUAACG